UUUCCGUUGCGUAUAUAAGCAAAAUCUGACGAGUUGUUCAGGUGCAUUUUCUGUUAAUGGGAAGUGAAAUGAAAAGAAUCGAAUUGAGGUGAGGAUUUGAGAAAUCCCCAAGUCUAAAAUUAUGAGCCCUCAGCAACCUCUUAAUGGGAAGAGGGAUCAGAGCACAGCCAAUACCAACAACAAUGCCAAGGUUUUGUGUCCGCCUCCAUUGAAGAUCAACAAGGAUUCUCAUUUCAUUAGGAAAUCUUCGUCGUCUAAUUCUACUUCGCCUUCUUCGUCUUCGUCUUCCACUUCUUCGCAGCUUGUCAAUGGCGUCGCCGCCGCUGUUGCUGUCGCAGGUUCUGUCAAGCCGCCGCCGCAGCGUCAUCCGGUGAUUAUAUACACGCAUUCUCCCAAAAUUAUCCACACGCAUCCUCGAGAUUUUAUGGCGUUGGUGCAAAAGCUCACUGGAAUGUCUCGAUCCGAUGAAGAAGCUUCUCCUAAGGCGACGAAAUCUGGCGACGAGAAUAAUAAGGGAUCUAAAGCCGUUGUGAGUGAUGAUAAUGAAUCGUCGUCCGUUGUGACAGAGGAGAAUUGCUGCAGCGGCGGCGUGGUGGAAGGUCAGGUUAAUUCGUGUUUUGCUCCGCCGAUCUUCGAGCCACCGCCACCUCCUCCACAACUUGCUAAUUCUUACCUAACGAACAUUCCGGUUUACAGGCCGAAUUCGACGGAGUUUUUGUGCUCUAAUCAGCCGUUUUUUAACUACGACGAUUCCUUGCUCUUUGGCGCUCCUAACAUCCAAUCUCUUGCGUCCACUAAUUCUACACUGAACGGAAUUAACGAUUUCUGCGAAUAUGGCGAAUAUUAGGGCUUUUUGUUUGUGUUGAUAGUUGAGUUUGGGGAGGGAUUAUUUGAUUCCAUUUGAUUUUGAUGCAAAUAAAAAAGAUUAUCGUUCCUCUUAAUUCCCGAAUAUAAUCCUCUAGAUUAGGGAACUAAUUUCGAUUUAUUUCCUCAAUUCCAUAGAACAACAUUGGAGCGGUAUUUCCAAAAUCCAACCCAACCAACCGAACCUUGAUGGGUUCAAAGCCAAAUUGGGUGUGGCUUUAUUUCUAUGUCGGUUAGAAUAGUCCUCUUCUUCCAUUUUCUAUGAUGCAGUUCUGCAAUAAGGAUGGAAGAUCAUACAUGAAUGCUGGAGAGGCGACAUUGGAAUAAUUUCUCCAGUUUUUAUCUUUUUUUCGUUUCUUUUCAAGUUUUUGAUCUGAUGUAAUUGUUUCUUCAUCAAUGAAGAACUCUUUUGUGUUCUUUUUUAAAAAGUCUCUUUCCAAGUUUUAUUCCCAUUAUUUAUGCUAUUUUAAAGUCUUUUUUUUUUUUUAAAGAAAAAAAAAAUCCAUAAAAUACAUAUACAUAUAAUUUA